AUGAAGAAAGCUAUAGAAUAUGGGUAUAACGAUAUCCAAGACUAUUAUGGCAAUAAAAUUUUAACAAAAGCAACUUCUAAAAAUAAUUUAAAUCUUGCAAAAAUGUUAGUUCAAUGUGGAGAUGAUCCUUCAUUCUUAGGUGACUCAAAACGAAAUGCUUUGUAUAUAUUCUGUAGAGAAGACAAUUUAGAAGCUGUUAAGUUCUUUGCAUCGCAGCCAAAUAUAGAUCCAAACUCUCCAAAUGUUGACAGUUGGACAACAUUAAUGAUAGCAGUAAAAUAUGAUCAUUAUGAUGUCGUUCAGUUUCUUCUUACAUUAAAAGGUAUAGAUAUCAAUGCAAAGAAUGUUUGGAAUGAAACUGCUCUUCAGCAAGCCAAAUCUGAAAGAAUGAGAAAUCUCCUUAUCAAAAAUGGAGCUGUGUGA